UACAAGAAGCGAUGGCGGCGCCCACGGAGACGCAUGAGUCUCUCUCUGAGGAGGAAAGUUUGGGUGUUUUAGAGGAAAAUGAUUCACUGCAGGAUGAUCCUGAUAAUAAACCAGCGCCUAAAAUACAGGAGACUCCUGAGGAUAUUAAACAGGAGGCUAUAGUAAAUACACUGGCCUUCCACCCUAAAGAAGAUCUCCUCGCUGCUGGAGACAUUGAUGGAGAUAUUUAUCUGUACAGGUACUCCUGCACGGUGGGGGAGAACAAAGAGCUGUGGUCCUCUGGGCAUCACCUGAAGUCCUGCAGGAAAGUGGCCUUCUCCAGUGAUGGUGAAAAAUUAUUCAGCGUGUCUAAAGAUAAGGCUGUUCACAUCAUGGAUGUGGAGGCCGGGAAGCUGGCGACACGUAUCCCAAAAGCCCACAGUAAGCCCAUAAAUGCCCUGCUCAUAGUCGAUGAGAAUAUAUUUGCCACUGGGGACGACGAGGGGACGCUGAACGUUUGGGACCUGAGGAAAGGCACUUCCUUCAUGUCUCUGAAACACCAUGAAGACUUCAUCAGCGGCAUCGCUGUAGAUCAGGCCAAGAAGAUCCUGCUCACCUCCAGUGGUGAUGGAUCGAUGGGUGUAUUUAACAUAAAGAGGAGGAGAUUCGAGCUGCUCUCAGAGAUCCAGGAUGGAGAUCUUACUUCUGUUUCCAUAAUGAAAAGAGGACAGAAAGUGGUGUGCGGCUCCAGUGAAGGAACUAUGUAUAUUUUUAACUGGAAUGAGUUUGGGGAUAUGAGUGAUCGGUUUGAUGUGCAGGCGGAGUCUGUGGACUGCAUCGUCCCGAUCACAGACAGUAUUCUCUGUGCUGCCUCUACAGAUGGAGUCAUUCGAGCCGUCAACAUUCUGCCGAAUCGGGCCGUGGGGAGGAUCGGGCAGCACGUCGGUGAACCGGUGGAGGAGAUCGUCUGCUCUCGGGAGAAACGCUUCCUCGCCAGCUGUGCUCACGAUCAGCUCAUCAAGUUCUGGGACAUUUCCGCCCUGCAGAGCAGCAGAGUCAGCGACUACCGGCGCCGCAAGAAGAAGGACGGGCGUCUCCGAGCGCUCAGCAGCAAAGCGUUCGGAGGAGCCGGAGACUUCUUCUCCGGAUUACUGGAUACAAACCAGGAGAACCAGCAGAAAAACACUGAAGCUCAGGAGGAAGAAAGUGAUGAAGAGGAGGAGGAGGAGAGCGACAGCGGGAGCGACUAAAAACUGUGCUUAUUUGUUCUGUUAAAGUGUUUUUGUUGUUAAACAAACAGGUUUUGUACAGAUAUGGACUGAAUAAUUAAGAAUAAUAACUAUCACAAUAAAUAACCAUAAUGCCUUGCACACACAUACAUACAUACAUACAUACAUACAUAUAUAAGCAGCCUCAUCCUCUUCUGCCAGUAUAAAUAAAAUGUGUUUAUAAAUGUG